CAAAAAGUCAUCAUUACUGCGUUAUCUGAUGCGCCCAUGUUUGUCUGUGGCGUCAACCUCAAUGCGUACAAAAGUAAGUAUACCGUCAUUUCUAGCGCCUCGAGCACUACCAAUUGCCUUGCCCCCAUCGCCGAGGUCGUUCACGACAAAUUUGGCAUCGAAGACACCUUCAUGUCCAUUGUCCAGUAUUCGUGCGGUGGACAUCACUGA